CCGAGGGGUGCUGUGUCUUGCAGUGUUAAGACAACUUCUCCAAAGCUUUGUACAAGAAAUUGGAGUCGCUCAUUGGUUCCAUGUGGCAGAUAACACUGAAGAAUGAGAGGAGUUUCAUGUAGCUGAGGACUCUAUGUGCUGGUUGGAGCUGGGGCCCUGAUGAUGGCCGUGGGGUUCUUCGGGUGCUGUGGAGCCAUGAGGGAGUCACAGUGUGUGCUCGGAUCAUUUUUUACCUGCCUACUGGUGAUAUUUGCUGCUGAAGUAACCACUGGAGUAUUUGCUUUUAUAGGCAAGAGUGUAGCAAUACGACACGUACAGACCAUGUACGAAGAGGCCUACAGUGAUUACCUUAAAGACCGGGAGAAGGGAAACGGGACUCUCAUUACCUUCCACUCAGCAUUUCAGUGCUGUGGAAAAGGAAGUUCUGAACAGGUCCAACCCACGUGCCCAAAGGAUCUUCUAGUCCAUAAGAAUUGCAUUGAUGAAAUUGAAACCAUAAUCAGUGUUAAGCUUCAGCUUAUUGGAAUUGUUGGAAUUGGAGUUGCAGGUCUCACGAUCUUUGGCAUGAUAUUCAGUAUGGUCCUUUGCUGUGCAAUAAGAAACUCACGAGAUGUGAUUUGAAACUACUUCACCAUGAAAACCACAGUCUAAAGCUUUCAUACUAAAUGUCCCAAGAGCUGUCUCUCAGCUCAUUUUUAAUAUUCAGAGGACAUUAGGAUCUGAAAUAAUUUGAUGUCAGUUGUACAUUUGCACAUGGAUGUAUGUCUGGGUCAUUAUUGGUUUGCCCCGAGUGAAUGCUUGUGUGUGUUGGCCGAGAAUGUAUUCACGUGGAAUCUGUAUGUUUCUGGUAAUGCAUUACACCUAAUGAAAUCUGCUUGCUGGAAUUCCUAGUUCUUCUUAGGUAAGAGGAACAGUCUACUAGAAAAAGAUCAAAAAGCUUUGGGGACACUUUAAAAACCUGGCUAUUCAUAAGAUGUAAUAACAGACCAGCUUGUCAGACUUCAGCCAUGAAAAUUAAAUAUAGAAAAUUCAAGGAUUUCUGGUUAAUGGAAGCAAUAAGCUACAGUAAUUAAGAAGUCCCAAUGUAGUGUUAAAAAUGACUGUAUCUGAGUGUAAGGAUUUCCUGGGAUUUUUAAAAAAAAAUUUUUUUUUGGUAUCAGGAAUCGAACUCAGUACCUCAUGCUUGCCAGACAGGUGCUGUGCCACUGAGCUCUAUCUCUGGCCCUUGGGAUUUUUUUUUAUAUACAUAUUCUCCCAAGAAUACAGUAAACCAUAGUUUUAAACUAAACACACCUAUAAAAUGAAAUACAGCAUGGAAAAUCUAAUUUGAAUAAGUCGGCUUUCCUUAUAUUUAAAAAUGAAAAAACUCUCCCUCUGGAAAGAAGUUACACAGACAAUCAUGUGUUCUAUAAAAGUGAGUGAUUUUUAGGACUAAAAAAGUUUGUAAGCACUUUUUAAGGAAACAUUUUUGUUCUUAUACACAGACAUUAAGUACUGCUUUAUUGCUUUCCCUUUCUGACUCUUCUCACAUCCUCAAAAGGGCUUUUAUCUCACACUCUGCUGUGUUUCUCCAGAUGUAAGGGAAGAAACAAACAGAAAAACUAAAGCGAUUUGGCCAUUGACAAUUGUGGAAAAGAGUAUUUUUACUGACAUUGUAUUUUUGAAAUACCUCACAACCUGAGUUUACAAUAUUUUCAUAAUUUUUUGUAGUUUUCUUAUUUAUUCAUCCAGAGAAUUCUUCAUAUAUUUAGAACUACAGUUUCACCACUUACAAUAAAUAAAAGUCCUGCAUAAUUCAGAUAUCAUUUCAUGAGCAUCCUUGGAUAAACUACAAUAAACAGAGAAACAUCUUCUCCUAGUUAUUUAUAGCACACACAACAGAGACAAGUUAAGGAAACAAAUACAUACUUCUACACACACAUAGACAACACAAGCACGUAUUUCUGUGCAAGUCCCCUAUGAAAGUAAAAUAUUCUAGUCUUUUUUGGUCUUAUUUUUUUAUUAUAAGUAGGUAACACAAACUUAGGACCUAAAUUGGCACAUUUUUCAAUAAUGUUUAACAACUUGUUACACUUAGUAAAUAAGAUCACACGAAAGUGGAGCUAUGAGAGACUUUGGAAAAUUCCAAGUGACAAGGCUUCUACAGAAGAAAGAACACAACGCGUUGGGUAUACAGCAAGAGAAAGUGCCAUGUUCCCAAGAAAGUUACAAAACAUUUUGCUGAAAAGACAUAACUGGUGGAAACAGUCUUAUCCCCACAUCACAAUGCAUCUCUCUUUUGACCAUACUCACCACUACUACUAACUUUAGAGGGAACUUUUCUAGGGGAAAAAAAAAGAUUGGAAGCAAUCUACAAACUUCAUUAUGCAUGGCUGCAUCUAUAUGUAAAGAACUUUUUAAGAAAAUCACUGAUAUCCCACAAAUGUAACCUUUUAAGCGAAGACCAACCCAUCCUCUUAGUAGCUUUAGUUCAUCUUUCUUCUUGAAGAUAAGAAAAAGGCUCAAAUGUAUACUCAGGUUCUUCUAGCUCAGAAUAAUCCUUGGUUCCACAAAACUGAGUUGCAUUCCUUACCCAAGUUCAAGGCCUUAAAGAUUACAGUAGUUAAAAGUGGAAGAAUAGGAAAAAAAUAAUUUUUUAAUGUUUUUUAAUUUUUUAAAAAACUAAGAAACUAGAGAUCUGUUUAAUAUAUGAGUAGCACGUCUCUUUAGGGCAAAAUUUUCCAAAAUAUGUCCCAUAACCAAAAUUAGAGAAUUCUACCACUAAAUGAAGGCAAAUGUUAUACCUACAUUCACCACAUAGGUAGUUUUGUAUAAAUAUGCAGAUAUAUAUUUAUAUAAUAUAUUUACGUAUAUAUCUGUGUAUGAAUAUAAUAUAUAGCACCAUAUGUAUGUAUAUAAAAUCCCUGUAUGUGUUAAAUUCAUUUACAUCUUGACUAUGUAUCUCUUGAGUAUAAAUACAUAUAUAGUUUGAAUACAUGUUCAUAUAGAGUUAUUUCUGUCAACUUAUACUAAUUUGAGAUCAAACUCAGUCAUUUUCUUAAACUGUAGGUGCCAAGGCAUGGAUUAAAAUAUCUUCAUGAUGGGGUAUUUUAAAUUAUUUCAAAUUAAAUGUUCUAUAUGCUGGA